AAUAUUAUAGGGGCUGUGAAGGGAGGGACUGUGAAGGGAGACCAGAGCCAAUCAAAAGACGAAGGGAGUUGGUCUUCUUGAUAUCUUGGCAAGAUCGACAGAUCAUGCUUCUUACACUGCUACAACGUGGCGCCUGUGAAGUUUUGUAUAGGAUUCCGAAUAGCAAUGAUCAAGUUGAGCGCUCCAGAGAACCCUUCGUUAUUAUUUGCGUCAACCCAGACGUAAUUUAGAGACAAAGGUUCUCGUUCUGCUGGGGUAACGGACCAAGACUGGCAGUGAGAAGUUGUCCGACGUCAGAGACUACUCCCCCAAGUGCACAGCGCGACGUAGAGGACACACCAUGAUGGAGAAGCCUCCAUUGCCUAGCGAUGAGGAGGGCACUAGGAUGGGAGCGAGUCGGUCGGAAGCGGAGCUCCUGGACUUGGGAGUGCAGGGGACCUCCGGGGGCAUGGCGUCGUCUGGGGAUGCAGACGACCGCCCGGCGUGGGACAGCAAGCUGCAGUAUGUACUGGCUCAGGUGGGCUUCAGCGUGGGCUUGGGGAACGUAUGGAGGUUCCCCUACCUCUGCCAUCAGAACGGAGGAGGCGCAUUCAUGGUUCUCUAUGUCAUGCUGUUGGUGGUGGUGGGGGUUCCCCUGUUCUUCAUGGAGCUGGCUGCGGGCCAGUGUAUCCGUCAGGGAAGCAUCGGUGUGUGGAAGCACAUCUCCCCCAAGCUGGCCGGUAUCGGCUACUCCAGCUGCAUGGUGUGUUUCUUUGUGGCUCUCUACUACAAUGUCAUCAUCGCAUGGAGUCUCUUCUACAUGGGCAACUCCUUCCAGUAUCCUCUACCCUGGGAGCAGUGUCCCAUCAACAUGACCACCAAUAACACUGUAAAGGAAUGCUUAGGUAGCUCCCCAACCUCAUACUUCUGGUUCCGGAAGGCUCUCGACAUCACAGACUCCAUCGAUGAGUCUGGUGAGUUUAACCCCAUCAUGACGGGCUGUCUGCUGGCUGCCUGGGCCAUCGUCUGUCUAGCCAUGAUCAAAGGCAUCAAGUCCUCUGCCAAGGUGAUGUAUUUCUCCUCAGUCUUCCCCUAUGCUGUGCUGUUCAUCUUCCUCGUCAGAGGCUUGAUGCUGGAUGGAGCCAAGGAGGGAAUCGCCUACAUGUUCUACCCUAAAAUAGAAAUUUGGGCUGAGGUACAGGUGUGGCGGCAGGCAGCCACACAGGUGUUCUUUGCCCUGGGCCUGGGCUACGGCUCUGUGAUUGCCUACUCUUCCUACAACCCCAUCCACAACAACUGUCACCGUGACGCGCUCAUGGUCUCUUGCAUCAACUUCAUGACCUCAGUGCUCGCAUCACUGGUGGUGUUCGUAGUGCUGGGCUUCAGGGCCAAGAACAUUGUCCUGAACUGCAUCACCCAAAAUCUGGGCCUGUUAAACGACAUGGCCACACAUGGAAGCAACCAUCACUGGUGGCCGUGGUUCAACAUGUCUGAUCCUGCCUCCGUCACCAUACCUGACUACAGAGAAUGGUACCAUCACUACGGCUCCCAGGUGGGGACAAACAUCACCGACUGUGACCUGGAUGAGGAGAUGAGCAAGGGUGUGGAAGGGACGGGCCUGGCGUUCAUUGCCUUCACAGAGGCCAUGGCCCAGUUCCCUGCCAGCCCCUUCUGGUCCACGCUCUUCUUCCUCAUGCUGCUCAACCUGGGCAUGAGCACCAUGUUCGGCACCAUGCAGGGGAUCCUCACCCCCCUCAUGGACAACUUCAGCCUGCUGGGACGCCACCGGACCAUGCUCACUGUGUGCAGCUGUGCUCUGGGCUUUGUGAUCGGACUUUUGUUUACCCAGCGCUCGGGGAACUACUUUGUGACAAUGUUCGAUGACUACUCUGCCACCCUACCCCUGAUCAUCGUGGUGGUCUUUGAGACAUUCGCUGUGGCCUGGGUGUACGGAGCUGACCGCUUCUUGGAUGACAUUGAGAUCAUGCUGAAAUGGCGCCCCCCGGUGCUGUAUAAGUACCUGUGGAAGUACGUGUGUCUGUUUGCUAUGGUGGGCCUGCUGGCGGCAAGUCUACUGCGAAUGGUCUUCAAACGACCGACCUACACAGCCUGGAACCACACCACGGCAUCGGAGACAACUCUGGAGUACCCAGGCUGGGCCCUGGCCAUGUUGGCCAUGCUGAUCCUGGCUGCCACCCUGCCUGUCCCUGUUGGCUACUUCCACUCCUGGCUGAAGAACCGUGGCAUGGGCCCCGAGGGGGAGCUCGCGGGCCAGGAGAUAGACAGAGAGAGGUACACCAAGUGCAACUCCAGCGACGCCCUGGACUCCAACUCCCAGCAUACCCCUUCGGUGGAGGAUGAUGGCCGACCCAGGGCUAGCUUCCUACCACUGGGCCUUGACCACUACAGACUCCUCCCACAACAGGAAGACGUGGAAGAGGAGGAAGAGGAUACGAUGUGAGAGAGGGGUUUGAGAAUCAAGGGACGAAGAGAGGAGAGUGGCAGUCGGAAAGAGAGCCCCACUUUAGAGAGAGAGAGAGAGCGAGCGUCUCUUGACUGAAAUAGUGGAAAGGACUCCACUUAUAUCCCCAGACUUUUAAUUGAUAAGGAAUCUUAAUAAUGUAUUACAAUGUAUAUGACCGUUCAUCCAUAUUACCAAAGAAACCUAACAUUAGCACAAUGUAAUAACCUGUAUCCUUAGUGCCAACGCACACCUAUCAGUGACCUAUCAUAAGUGACCUAUCAUAAGUCACGUAUCAUAAGUGACCUAUCAUAAGUCACGUAUCAUAAUUGACCUAUCAUAAGUCACCUAUCAUAAGUAACAUCAUAAUUGAACUAUCAUAAGGGACCUAUUAUAAGUGACCUGGGGUGGCAGGUAGCCUAGGGGUUAGAGUGUUGGGCUGGGAACUGAAAGGUUGCUGGAUCGAAUCCCUGAGCUGACAAGGUAAAAAUCUGUUGUUCUGCCCCUGAACAAGGCAGUUAACCCACCUUUCCCUGGUGGGCUGUCAUUGUAAAUAAGAAUUUGUUCUUAACUGACUUGCCUCGUUAAAUUGACUAUUUACAAAACCUAUCAUAAGUGACUUAUUAUAGGUGACCUAUCAUUAUACUGAUAAGUACUGUAAGAAGUGCCUUAUUAUAGGUGACCUAUCUUUAUACUGAUAAGUACUGUAAGAAGUGCCUUAUUAUAGGUGACCUAUCAUUAUACUGAUAAGUACUGUAAGAAGUGCCUUAUUAUAGGUGACCUAUCAUUAUACUGAUAAGUACUGUAAGAAGUGCCUUAUUAUAGGUGACCUAUCAUUAUACUGAUAAGUACUGUAAGAAGUGCCUUAUUAUAGGUGACCUAUCAUUAUACUGAUAAGUACUGUAAGAAGUGCCUUAUGGUUCAAGUGCUGUAUUAACACACCCAGGAUCCUGUUCCUUGAACUGUGAUGACAGUUUCAACUAGCUGCUUACAGGUCAAUUAUAAGUAUGACUUGUAAUUCUUGGGUUUCUUGUAGUUUGACUUGAUUCUGCUCCAAAGACACUUCUGAAGGUGAGGAGUAUUGAGGGAAGCGAAAGACUUUAAAGUCCAGCUUGUAUAUUGCAUAGUAAUACUCUUGUAAGACAAGUAGAGGCUCUGAUCCAGAGAGACACAAAAUAUAUAUUUGAUAUAUUCUGAUAUGUAGUUUUUUUAUUAGGGUGCUAAACUUAGUUCAAGAACGUAAGGAGCUGAAUUUGAUCAUAACCAUACUGUUCUGGUUCUACUCCUUUAACCUAAUCACACUCGUUCUGAUCCUAACCAUACUGUUCUGGUUCUACUCCUUUAACCUAGUCACACUGUCGUUCUGAUCCUAACCAUACUGGUCUGGUUCUACUCCUUUAACCUAAUCACACUGCCAUUCUGAUCAUAACCAUACUGUUCUGGUUCUACUCCUUUAACCUAAUCACACUCGUUCUGAUCCUAACCAUACUGUUCUGGUUCUACUCCUUUAACCUAGUCACACUGUCGUUCUGAUCCUAACCAUACUGGUCUGGUUCUACUCCUUUAACCUAAUCACACUGCCAUUCUGAUCAUAACCAUACUGUUCUGGUUCUACUCCUUUAACCUAAUCACACUGUCGUUCUGAUCCUAACCAUACUGUUCUGGUUCUACUCCUUUAACCUAGUCACACUGUCGUUCUGAUCCUAACCAUACUGGUCUGGUUCUACUCCUUUAACCUAAUCACACUGCCAUUCUGAUCAUAACCAUACUGUUCUGGUUCUACUCCUUUAACCUAAUCACACUGUCGUUCUGAUCCUAACCAUACUGUUCUGGUUCUACUCCUUUAACCUAGUCACACUGUCGUUCUGAUCCUAACCAUACUGGUCUGGUUCUACUCCUUUAACCUAAUCACACUGCCAUUCUGAUCAUAACCAUACUGUUCUGGUUCUACUCCUUUAACCUAGUCACACUGUCGUUCUGAUCCUAACCAUACUGGUCUGGUUCUACUCCUUUAACCUAGUCACACUGUCGUUCUGAUCCUAACCAUACUGGUCUGGUUCUACUCCUUUAACCUAAUCACACUGCCAUUCUGAUCAUAACCAUACUGUUCUGGUUCUACUCCUUUAACCUAGUCACACUGUUGUUCUGAUCCUAACCAUCUAACCAUUCUUAUCACCUUGUCCUUUGCAGGCCAGUUCAGCUUGGCUUAGAUCGACUCUGUAGUGUGAAAAGGACAGUUUUUUCAUCCUUGCCUUGUUACCAGAGAUUGAUUUGUCGCUGGGAAACGAGGUGUGUGCACACGUCAGCCAAUCAUUAGUUGAUCAUAAGAACCAGGGAGAAACACUAACCUAGCAGGACUGUGGACGUCGAGGGCCUGAGUUUAUGCACCCUUGAUCAAGACAAUCAACUGUUACUGUAUUUCUCAGUGUUGAGUUUAUCCAGGUCAACUGUUACUGUAUUUCUCAGUGUUGAGUUUACCCAGGUCAACUGUUACUGUAUUUCUCAGUGUUGAGUUUAUCCAGGUCAACUGUUACUGUAUUUCUCAGUGUUGAGUUUACCCAGGUCAACUGUUACUGUAUUUCUCAGUGUUGAGUUUACCCAGGUCAACUGUUACUGUAUUUCUCAGUGUUGAGUUUACCCAGGUCAACUGUUACUGUAUUUCUCAGUGUUGAGUUUACCCAGGUCAACUGUUACUGUAUUUCUCAGUGUUGAGUUUACCCUGGUCAACUGGCUAACUCAUUGAUCCUGCCUGGUGAGUUUACCACCCAGCUCUGCCCAUUCAUGUCAUUAGAUAUAAACUGGGAUUUCUGAGUGCUCUGCACAGCUAUAACCAUCAAAGCAAAGCUAGUAGCUGCAACGGAGACUGCAGAGAGAACAGAAUCCUCCACAGUUACAACUGGGAUGUAGACUUCACAAUGAUUGUACAAACAUCAUCAUGGCAACACAGCGUGACUUAGGCCUUAUUAGUAACUGUAAUGAAAUAACAAAUGGAAUGAUUUAAUACCAGACAUGAACCCAGUUACAGUCCACUUCCACUGCUUUUCCAUUUCAAUCGUGUUUGAAAUUACUAUUUGAAAAAAAUACACAUUCUAAUUCAUAUGAAAAAGGGAAUCUAAAAGUAGUGACAUUUCCAAAACUUGUUUACGACCCUGUUAUUACAUGGUAAUUACACAGCUUAUUUCAGUGGUUGUUAAUAUGGUUUAACAAGGCGAAGCCUAUGACGUCAAGUGUGGCCAGAAACCUUACUGUACUAGAAGGAUUGGUACACUUGUAGUCCCGCAGUCAAACACACUCCAGGUCAGGGGUGGGCAAGUCCAUUCCUCCAGGGCCUGAUUGGUGUCACACUUUUUCUCCAUCCCCAGCUAAAACACCUGACUCCAAUAUCAUGAUCUUCAGUUUAGAAUGUUAUUAGUUUAAUCAGCCGUGUUUGCUAGGUGUGGGUGAAAAGUGUGACACCAUCCCUGCUCCAGGGGACUGGAGUUGCCCAUCCCUGCUCCAGGGGACUGGAGUUGCCCAUCCCUGCUCCAGGGGAAUAGAGUUGCCCAUCCCUGCUCCAGGGGAAUGGAGUUGCCCAUUCAUGCUCCAGGGGAAUGGAGUUGCCCAUCCCUGCUCCAGGGGAAUGGAGUUG